AUGUCUACAAGUACUUUUAAUGCUGAAGAAGCCGAUAAUUUUGAAGAUAUUGAAAAGCAAUUUGCUGUCAAAGCGGUCCAACAGGCUGAAACGUUUUGGAAUUUAUUGAGCAAAGUCAAAGGUUCAAAAUUGAGAUUGACUAAAUAUGACGACUUUAUUUACGAAGAAUUAAUCAAGGAGUUUCCUGAGUUUUCAGACCCAAAAUACGUUGCUGUGAUUUCGGAAGACGACUUGAAAAACCACAAAAGCAAAGAAAAAUGGAGAAACUUUGUGAAGAUAUUCGAAGAAAAAAUCAAAGACUACAAUUUUGGUACGUUAUUGAGAAGCGACUGCAAAACCGAGUACGACCAACAUGGCACGAUCUUUGUUUUGCGAAUCCAAUUCUACUGCAUUGAAAUUUGCAGAAACAGAUACGAAUUGAAUGACUGGAUAUCUGAAAAGAAAUAG